GCGGCCCCGAUAUAAGGGCGGGAGCGAGCGCGGCUCCGGGACACGCGGGGACAGCGGCACCUCCCUGCCCUCCCUCCCUUCCUUCCAUCCGCCCAGCCAUCCAACCGGCCACCCAUCGCUGCCCGGCCAUGGUGAACCUGCGGGUGUGCGCGCUGGAGUGCGAGGCGCUGCGGGCGCUGCUGCAGGAGCGCGGCGCGCAGUGCCUGGUGCUGGACUGCCGCUCCUUCUUCUCCUUCAACGCCGCGCACAUCCGCGGCUCCUGCAACGUCCGCCUCAGCACCAUCGUGCGCCGCCGCGCCAAGGGCGCCCUGGCCCUGGAGCACGUCGUGCCCAACGAGGAGCUCCGCGCCCGCCUGCGCCAGGGGCUCUUCCACACCGUGGUGCUGCUGGACGAGCGCAGCGCCGACCUGGAGGCGCCCAAGCGCGACAGCACCAUGCUGCUGGCGCUCGGCACCCUCUGCCGGGAGGCCCGCGGCGCCCGCAUCUGCUUCCUCAAGGGAGGUUACGAAGCCUUCGCGUCCGCCUGCUCCGAGCUCUGCACGAAGCCGGCCGCCCCCGCCGGGCUCAGCCUGCCCCUGAGCGCCAGCCCCGCGCCCGGCAGCGCCGACUCGGGCUGCAGCUCCUGCGGGACCCCGCUCUACGACCAGGGCGGGCCCGUGGAGAUCCUGCCGUUCCUGUACUUGGGAAGCGCCUAUCACGCCUCCCGCAAGGACAUGCUGGACGCUUUGGGCAUCACGGCGCUGAUCAACGUCUCGGCCAACUGCCCCAACCACUUCGAGGGGCACUACCAGUACAAAAGCAUCCCCGUGGAGGACAACCACAAGGCGGAUAUCAGCUCCUGGUUCAACGAGGCGAUCGAUUUCAUCGACUCGGUGAAGAACGAGGGAGGAAGGGUCUUUGUGCACUGCCAGGCUGGCAUUUCCCGCUCCGCCACCAUCUGCCUCGCUUACCUCAUGAGGACCAACAGAGUCAAACUGGACGAAGCCUUCGAGUUCGUCAAGCAGAGGAGGAGCAUCAUCUCCCCGAAUUUCAGCUUCAUGGGGCAGCUGCUGCAGUUCGAGUCGCAGGUGCUGGCCCCCAACUGCUCGGCAGAAGCGGGGAGCCCCGCCAUGGCCGUGCUGGACAGGGGGGCAUCCACCACCACGGUCUUCAACUUCCCCGUCUCCAUCCCGGUUCACACCACGUCCAGUGCUUUGAGCUACCUUCAGAGCCCCAUCACCACUUCCCCCAGCUGCUGAAAAAGCAGGUGAAGAAGGUGGCCAGGACUCAGACUUGCUGUCUCAGAGGUGCAAUAAGGGCAGGGACGGUGGCGCUCGUGUUUUGUGGGGAGCUGUUGGCGUGUCCAUGGAGAGGAGCUCGCCCAGUGCCACAGGAACCAGGUGUUUCUGACUUCUCAAGCAAAUGUCUGGAUGUCUGCACAGAGAUCAAAGGACAUUGGCUCUUCCUGAGCUGUCCCUCCUUGUCUUCUGUCUGUCCCAAGCCUGCUCCA